AUCAUAUCCGGUCGAGUAUUUGAUAUAAAGAGGAGGAAAAGAUCAUUAGUUGUUUGGGAUCUAUCAAGUAGGACGCACAAGGCUUGCAGCAUAUCGGUGGGUCAUGACAGGGCAGGUGCAGUUGGCGGUGGCGGCAUUAGUCGCCCUGCUGCUGGCGACAAGGGAAGUUGCAGCCACGGAGGCAAAUGUCAACUUAAAAGACAACGGGUACGAGGGAGUCUUGGUGGCCAUCUCGCCCUCUGUGGAGGAGUCUUAUGCCGGGGACAUCAUCGCUUCGAUCAAGAAGACCAUUAGCGAUGCCUCUGAGGUGCUGUUCAAGGCUACUCAGAAGAGGGCCUUCUUCAGGAACGUCAAAAUCCUCCUGCCGAAGACCUGGACCAAGACGCCCUCUGACGCAGUCGCCCUCAACGAGAACUUCGACGAGAGCGACAUCAGAGUGGACGUAGGCACGGGAGUCUACGGCAACCAACCACACACAGAGCAGCCCGGAGGUUGUGGCGAUCCUGGCCUGUACAUUCAUCUUACUCCUGAAUACCUGGUCAAUGACAAGGUGUCAAGCGUCUGGGGACCAAGGAGCAAGGUUUUGGUUCAUGAGUGGGCCAAACUACGUUGGGGUGUGUUCGAUGAAGUUGGCUAUCCGGAUGAUGAGAUGUAUCCCCUAUUCUAUGCAUCCCAUAGCAUAGUUGAAGGCAAUGUCGAAGUCACAAUCCAUCCAAACCACUGUGCCAACGAGGAACUUUCGGGAAAGCUUAGAGACAUCACGGGGUCCGCUUGCUCGUACGUUAACGAUCUCCCAGACAAGAACUGCCGCUUUGUUCCUGACGAUGACCAAGACGCCGUCUCCUCGCUUAUGUCCUUCUACUACAUCGCAAACGUCGAGGAGUUCUGCGGUGAAACGAAGCGCCACAACUGGAGGGCACCAAACAAGCAUAACAAUAAAUGUGGUCGUCGUUCCGUGUGGUCGAUAAUCAAGUCACAUCCCGAUUUCAAAGACGACAACAACCCACAAACACAGACAGCCUCGCCGACCAAAUUCACGGUGCUGCGUCAGGAGGCGGCUAAAUUCGCUCUGGUCCUCGACUGUUCCAGUAGCAUGAAGAAUUACGACAGGCUUACGAAGCUCCAGUCGACGGCUAGACGCUGGAUUCUUCACGAGGUGGCUGAGGGCAGCUCCGUGGGCAUCAUCAAGUUCGGAAUGAGGGCGAAGGUAGAAGCUCCCCUUACAGUGAUAGACGGCGAAGUGUCCCGGAAAACGUUAGCCGACCUCAUAGAUACGAAAUUGAGGUCGGGCACCAGUAUAGGAGCAGGGCUGUCCCUCGCCAUGAACGAGAUGCUGAAUGGAGAAAAGAACGCGGUGAUUUUGCUCAUUACCGACGGCGAAGAAAACUCAUUUCCUUACAUUCGCAACAUCGCGGGCCAGUUGGUGGCAUCUGGCAUCCGAGUUGUUACUAUCGCUUUCGGUGCAGCAGCAGACCAUCAACUGGAGAGCAUUGCCCAGCAGACAGAUGGGAAAACAUAUACAGUAUUUGAUACAGACAGCGGAAACCAGCUCCUCGAUGCCUUCCUUGGGUCGCUCACGUACCAGCCUGGAGAUACCGUGGCUGAUACCAAAGUCAAGAUACAUGAGUAUGCUUACAAUGGAAUAGAUAAGCAAGUAAGUAAAGAAUUCCCCAUCGAUGCCUCAGUAGGACGCGACAUGCUCUUUCAGCUGAAGACAAGCACCUUCAAGCACACUGUGUCUCGCCCUCACUUAGUGCGACCUAAUGGAUCCCGAGUAGAAACAGCGACCUUUGAGCCUCUUAUUAGGAGUUGGACCAUAAAGGUGCCCCUAGCUGAGCCCGGAAGAUGGACGUGGAUAGCCGAUCUGUCAGGCGACAAUAACUAUUACAUCCAAGUAGACGUUACAGCCAAGGCAAGAAACCCAGACAGCCUACCUAUCAUUACUCGAGCUUGGGCAAGUUCCGGAUCAAGUGGUGUUGAUGCAACUGUUUCUCCAGUUAUUGUAUAUGCAGAGGUGAAACAGGGCAGCAACCCUGUUAUUGGUGCAACAGUCAGGGCGUACAUUAGCCACACGAGCACACCAGACGAGGCGAUGGAGCUGGAUCUCUUGGAUAAUGGUCAAGGUGCUGACUCUCAGGCUGGCGAUGGUAUUUACUCCCGCUAUCUCACGCAGUACCCUUCUAUCGGCAGAUAUAUUGUCAGGGCUCAGGCAUGGAGCAACGGCAGCGCCUUCAUCAACAGCGGAAUCACGGCCGACCGUGCACCUCACCGACGGCACGCUCGAGCUGUCCCGGCCAAGCCACUUGAGAUGCCGGUGUACUGCUGUGGCUCCAAAGUUCCCUUCAACGCAGAGACAGCCGAGUCUGCUGGGGAGUUCAACCGCUUUGCCGCAGCCGAAUCCAUUCAGGUGGCCAAAAUCCCCGAAACUGAUGAUGUACUACCCCCCUCUCGCGUCACAGACCUGCAGGUGGCUGGAACCUCCCAAGCCAGCCUGACCCUCACCUGGACUGCUACAGGCGAUGACCUCGAUUCGGGAGUAGCGUUCCGGUACGAGAUCCGUCUAAGCAGUAAUGACAGCAACUUACUUGACGUUGAUGCGGAGAGCAUGACACUUCUGACUUUCGAAGAUUCAGCACAGAAGUCGGAACUUUUUGUCAACGCGGGUGAAACGGUCAAUAUUACGCUGGAUUUGGAAGAGAGCUUUGAAAUUAAUAAGGUGUAUUACCUGACGCUACGAGCUUCAGACGAUGAGGGAAAGUUGAGCUCCUUCUCGAACGUGGCCACGGUCUUCAUAGCGAACGAACCGGCGGGAGAAGAUCUCGCAAUAUGGGUCGUAAUUACAACUUCAACCCUCAUCGUCUUGAUUGCAGUCACUGCAUGCGUGGUUGUCUCCCGAAGAAGAGGGGGUAUUAGGGUCCCCGUGGAAAAUUGAGAUUGGUGAUUCGGAACAUUCUUUUCUUGGUUGAUUAAUUAAUUUAUUAUUGUCAUUAUUAUUAUGAUUAUUAUUAUUAGUAGUAGUAGUAUUAGUAUCAUCAUUAUUGAUAUUAUUAGUAUCAUUAUUGUUGUCAGUAUCACCAUCAUUAUUAUUAUUAUGAUUAUUAUUAUUAUCUAUAUUAUUGUUAUUAUUAUUGCUGAUAUUAUUAUUAUUGUUGUCGGUAUUAUCGUUUAAGUGCCAUACGUAAUGCACCUGUAAAUUGCAUGCCUUGCCUUCAACAUGUGAUAACCGCACUGUAUUGUAUUUUUACACCAGGCGCUGAAUUCAUCCGAUACGGAUACAGCUGUAUUUUUUUCUUGUAAACUCAAAAUGAUUAUCCUUACAUUAAUAUUUAAACCUGCCAUCAAUAGAUACUCCAUACUUUCCA